AUGGCGAACAAUCGCCGGUUACGAUCAGCCAGGAAUAUCUUCCUGCUCAACCUUAUCCUUACCGAUCUGUUGCUGGUACUGACUGCCGUUCCAGUUACUCCCUGGUAUGCGCUCACGAAGAACUGGCAGUUUGGCUCAGCAAUGUGUCAUAUCAUGCCCUUGUCAAAUUCCUGCUCAGUUUUUGUGACCAGUUGGAGUCUUACUGCCAUCUCUAUCGAUAAAUACCUUCACAUUAUUGAUCCGACCAAGGCGCCGGUUACUAAACGUCAAGCUCUAGCUAUCACGUUAUUGAUUUGGCUCUUGAGCACCUUGAUUAAUGUACCGUAUCUGCUCAGUUAUGAACUGGUCGACGGAUCUUAUUAUGUGCCUAAAGACAGUCCUCCUUAUUGUGGUAAAUUUUGUGACGAAACGAACUGGCAAAGCGAAAAUUCACGCCGUCUCUACGGCACAAUGGUGAUGCUGCUU